AUGCCUCGAAUCUAUACCUUGAAUGAUGUAGGUAAUAGUGAUGGCAGUAAACUUGGAAGCCCUCCAUCCAAUCGAUAUCCGCCUAGCCGUUUAGAGCUUGAAGAACAGCUAAAAAAAGAUCGUGAAAUGUUUAUAAGAUCUGCCAAACGGCUUAUAACUAAAUAUCAUAUCUUAGAUAAUGAAAAUAAGCAUAUGCAAAAUGAUCUGAACCACUCACGUGAAGAAAAUAAGCGUAUGCGAAAUUCUAUGAAUCAAAUUAUCCCCCUAACUGAGCAACUUGAUAGUUUGAAUAAUAAGCUUGGCUCUCGAAUUAUUUGCGAACGAAAGUCUCAUGCCAAUCUUAAUGUUAAGCAGUUAAAAGAAAUAGAAUCGCUAAAGUCUGAGAUUAAUUUAAAGAAUUCUGAAAUCACCCCUCUUGAGGCUAGAAUAAAUGAACUGGAGGUAGAGUUAGAACAGACAGCACAAAAAGCUUUAUUAAAGAAUACCGAUACUACCCCGUCACUUCAUGAGAUUAAAGUGAAGGAAUUGGAAAAUGAACUAGAGCAAGUUACACGAAAUUCAUCAUUUAGGGAUGGAUUAAUUUUCUGUCUCCGAUCUAGAGUAAGUGAUCUGGAAGAUGAACUAGAACAGAUCUUUCUAAAACCACAUCUGUCAUCGAACAAUUCAAAAACAGGUGGCGAUAUAGUAGAAGAAGUAUCCGGUUUCUCUAAGACCCCCUCUUUUCCUUCACACCGCACAGAGCUUGAACCUGAUGAAAGCAUAGAAAAAAAUGUAGUAGAGUCCCCAAUAGACUAUGCUGAUCAAAAAUCGAAAGAGAAACUCGAUAGUAUUUCAACCUUACCUAUUGUUACGUUAGGGGUUGGCAAAUUUUUCGCCCAACCAAAAAGGAAGAAAUUUUUUAUCCAGUUUAUAGAUAUCCAAUCCGCCAUGCAGAAGAAUUCAAAGACAGAAAUACCUCCUAUGAAACUUCGUCUUUUGGAUAUGGAUGAAGUUACAAAACAUGAAUCAUCCCGAAAUAUUGGUCAUCCGGCGAUGACAUGGCCUUUUAGCAUGUUAGUUACUGGGAGAAGUGGUACAGGUAAGACUAACUUACUUGCAAAUCUUGUUCUUGGUAAUAAGGAUGAAUAUGUGCAAAGAGGGAAAAGGGGUGGGUCUCGCUACAUUAAAUGUGACGAUCUAAUUAUUUGCGGGUAUCAUCCUGAUGAGCCAAAAUGGGCAUAUGUGAGAUACAUAUAUAAUAUGAUUUCAAAAGACCCAAGAGCGCCUUACUACAAGGAUAUUAGUUUCAGUUAUAUUCCUCCUGAAAAAAUUCCUAGUACAAGAACUUUCUCACCUGAAAGAAGCAAAUUAAUUAUUAUUGAGGAUUUAUGUUUAGCUCCAGAGCAUAUACAAAAUCGAAUUGGUCAGUUUUUUGGAAAUGGACGCCACCGAAAUAUUUCAUGUAUAUAUGAGACGCAAAAAUAUCAUAAAGUCGAUACAUUCAUUCGCGAAAACUCAACUCAUUUAGUAUUAUUUAACUCUGGUAGCAGUAUCCAAGAUGUGUCUAAAAUUGUUGGACGAUAUACCGAUAAUGUAAAGGGUGCAUCCAUGGUUAUUAACAGCUAUCUACGCAAAAGCGAGUUUGUUGUAUUUGAUCUUAGCAGAUCGGAGGAUGAUCCUCUUGCAAUUCGGCUAAGGUUUGACACACCAUAG